CCUCCGAGCAGCUCGCCGAGCAGGCCAGGCCGUACAGCGUAUCGGUGGGGACGGCCACCACGGCGCCGGCGCGCAGCUCGGCCACGGCGGCCCGCAGCGCCUCGGUCCAGCCGGCGCGCUCCGGGUUUGAGGCCCGCACGGCCCCGCUCCCCGGGAGCCGGAACAGCCGAGCCCCCGGCGCCGCCGGAGCGGGGCUCGGCGGACGGAGAAGGCGCCCGCUCCGGGCGGAGCCCGCCGGCCCCUCGCUCAACCCCAUGCUGGCAGCCACCACGGCCCUCAGCCCCGUGCACGGACGCGCCGGAGACAUCCGCCCAGGCCUGCUUCCGGGAGGAAGUGACGCGCCCAGUCAUCUUCCGGGAGGCUGCCGGCGUGGACCGUGGGAAGGCGGGGCUGGGGCUCGGCGGGAGGCCACCCCCGCAAACGCCCCGGGAUGAGCGCGCCCAGCAGCUGCUGGAUGCGGUGGAGCAGCGGCAGCGGCAGCUCCUGGACACCAUCGCCGCCUGCGAGGAGAUGCUGCGGCAGCUGGGCCGCCGGCGCCCGGAGCCGGCUGGUGGCGGGAACGUCUCAGCCAAACCUGGAGCACCCUCCCAGACAGCUGUCUCCGCCAGAGGUGGCUUUCCAAAGGAUGCUGGCGAUGGAGCUACGGAGCCCUGACCAUCCCCGAGCCGGGCGCCCUGACUUCUCUCCCUCCCCAGGGCUGGUGGCUGGACUGUGAACAACUCCCUUUCAAUAAAGGGGCCAGUCUUCACUGGCAGUGGCUGGUACUUGGCUCUCAGCCUGGGUGGCAGCUCUGCUAGCAGCUGGGUUCACUCCCACUUCAUCCUGGCUGAAGGCAGUGCUGAGCUCUGAAAUGUAGCCAACGAAUACCCAGUCUGAUUACCCAGAUUUGGGCAGACCAACAGUGCUCGCCAGAGUGGUUUGGCCUGCUUUGGGGGAUCCAGGUCGUGUUACAUGUCCAUUUCAUGCUUUGGGGGCUCCUAGCCCCACAAAACACUUUUAGCAGAGCCUUGAUUAAAAGGAAACCUGCAGAC